AUGAAUAUACAGAGCAAUGUGACAGAAUUUGUCCUCCUUGGGCUGACACAGGACCCAGGAAGGCGAAAAAUCGUAUUUGCUGUUUUCUUGGUCUUCUACAUUGCUACUGUUUUGGGAAACCUGAUCAUCAUUGUGACCAUCAAAACCAGCCCCAUGCUUGGGUCCCCCAUGUACUACUUCCUGUCCUACUUGUCUUUUGCAGAUGCCUGCUUCUCCACAACUACAGCUCCCAAGCUCAUUGUAGACAGUGUCUCCAAAAAGCAGACCAUCUCUUUCAAACAUUGUAUGACUCAGGUAUUUGCAGCCCAUUUUUUUGGUUGCAUGGAAAUUUUCCUUCUUAUCCUCAUGGCCUAUGACCGCUAUGUGGCCAUCUGUAAACCUCUGCACUAUUCAACUAUCAUAAGUCCCAAAGUCUGUCGUAUAUUAGUCAUCUUGGCCUGGGUUGGCUCUUGUAUUCACUCCACAGCCCAAAUUUUUCUUGCUUUAAGUUUGCCCUUUUGUGGUCCCCAUUUGAUUGACCACUAUUUCUGUGACUUGCAACCUUUGUUGAAACUGGCCUGCACAGAUACAUAUGUGAUUAAUCUUCUUAUUAUCUCUAAUAGUGGAGUUAUAUGUAUGGUGAGUUUUGUGUUACUCAUCAUUUCCUAUAUUGUUAUCCUAUACUCCCUGAGAAAGCAGAGUUCUGAAGGGAAGCGCAAAGCCUUUUCUACUUGUAUUUCCCAUAUAAUUGUGGUCAUCAUCUUCUUUGUACCAUGUAUAUUCAUAUAUACCCGUCCCCCAACCACCUUUCCUGUGGAUAAAUUAGUGUCUGUAUUUUACACAAUUGGCACUCCUUUACUCAACCCUUUGAUAUAUACUCUGAGGAACAAGGAUGUAAAAGAUUCCAUGAGGAAGUUAUGGAGGAAGAUUGUAGGAUCUUAG